GUUUUUGAGAUUUAUUUUUGUCUACUUUUCUUCAUCUGACUACUCUUCUCGAGUCCUUUCAUUAAACCAUUGACGUUUGGUCAAGUUACAUUUAUUAUAAAUUAUAGAAAAAUGAGUCGGAUUCUAUUAAAACGAAUUACGCCGGGUUUCUCGACAAAUGGCUCGAAACAUCAACAUUCGAGUGCUUUGAAAUUAAUUAUCCAACCACAAUUAGAAGCAAUCAAGAAAGCUGGAACAUGGAAGUCAGAAAGAAUAAUAGCUUCACCUCAACGAACGCAAAUUUCAUUGAUGAGCGGGAAAAAAGUUCUCAAUUUCUGUGCCAACAACUAUUUAGGAUUAUCCGAUCAUCCUAAAGUGAUUGAAGCGGCAAAAAGAGCUCUGGACGAAUAUGGAGCAGGACUGAGUUCAGUGAGAUUUAUUUGUGGCACCCAGAGAAUUCAUAAGGAAUUGGAAAGCAAAAUUACGGCAUUUCAUAAAAGAGAAGACACAAUUGUUUAUGCCUCUUGCUUCGAUGCAAAUGCAGGAAUUUUUGAAACCCUCCUAACACCCGAAGAUACUGUAAUUAGCGAUGAAUUAAAUCAUGCAUCAAUUAUUGACGGAAUUCGUCUCUGCAAAGCCAAAAAAUUCAGAUACAAACACAGAGAUAUGAACGAUUUGGAGGAAAAACUCAAGGAAAAUGCAACGUCUCGUUUGAAAUUAAUUGUAACUGACGGCGUUUUUUCAAUGGACGGUACAGUUGCUCCAUUGAAAGACAUAAUAGACCUGGCAAAGAAAUAUAACGCUUUGACUUUUGUUGAUGAUUGUCAUGCAACUGGUUUCUUCGGAAAGACUGGUCGGGGAACUGAAGAGUACUUUAAUAAUGUGGGCGGAAUCGAUAUAAUCAAUUCAACUUUAGGGAAAGCUUUAGGAGGAGCUGCUGGUGGUUAUACAACAGGAUGUAAGGAAGUAAUUGAUUUAUUAAGACAACGCAGUCGACCCUAUUUAUUCUCCAAUUCAUUGCCACCACCAGUUGUUGCCUCAGGAAUUCAAGUGAUUGAUCUCAUUUCGGAUAGCACUGAAUUUCUCGACCAAAUUACGGAAAAUACUGAAUUAUUUAGAAGCAGGAUGACAUCUGCUGGAUUUAGAAUUAGUGGCGAUAAUCAUCCUAUUUGUCCCGUCAUGCUUGGAGAUGCGAAAUUAGCUUCGGAAUUCGCCGAUAGAAUGUUGGAAAAGAAUAUUUACGUUAUUGGCUUCAGUUAUCCGGUUGUUCCCAAAGAAAAAGCGAGAAUUCGCGUUCAAAUAAGUGCAGCUCAUUCAAAAGAGGAAAUUAACAGAGCAGUUGAUGCAUUCAUAGAAAUUGGAAGAGAACUAAAAGUCAUCAACUAAUAGCAAUUGAUUUAUACGAAAUUAAUAUUUUUUUCUUUAUUAAAAAUAAGUGUUUAUAAAAUAUUUUUUCAAAAUUUAAUUUUUAAAAAAUUCUUUUUAUAUGAUUGGACUUGAAUUUCGCUUUUGAUUUUCAUUGCCAAUUUUUGCACUCCAAGAAUGUUCGUUCUUGCCAAUGGAGAAGGAAAUUGUUCCAAUCAUUGAUCAAGACUGACAUUUUGUUAUAUAAUCUAAGAAGUACCUAAUAAGGAAAACAAAUUAUUGUGAAACAAAAGUUCUCAAAUAAAAUUAAGAAAAUAUGAAAAUUUAAAAA